AUGCAGCUACCACACGAAACCCAGGAGAGUUCGCCCGAUCGGCCAGGGACGCCUCCGCGACCGCCAUAUUCCCCUGUGACACCGACCUUCGCGCAUCUGGUACCUGUCAGCCAUCCUUCCGCGGCAAACGGAGGAUCGCACCCCAUCAUUCCACCCGCUGCAUCGCCUUCUCCUACCACGAAAUUGCUGGCUUACGAUGGCCUGCCGCCGGACUCUCCUCCUCCCCCGCAGCCCGCAAGUGCACCCGUGUUUGCCACGGAACCUGCUGCAGUGCCUAUCUCCGAGAGCGAGAAUCCCGAUGCGAUCGCACUGCGCUCGGCUAUCUCGAUCCUGCAGCUUCAGAAGCAGCAGAGCCUGCGGGAUAUUCGAACGUUGGAGAGAAUGAAACGAGCGGCAGCGGCCGACCCGGAGGGCUUUGCGCGCGAGUUUGCUGCGGGCAAUCUCACGCCGAAAGAUAAGGGCGGGUUUAUAAACUUCAACCAUGAUACGAAUGAUGACGAGGAUGGGAAUGAGGAUGAUGAUGAAAUGGUGGAUGACUCGAAGGAAAUGAAAGUGUCUGGGUUCGGAAUGAUUCCCCCUCCGCAGAACGUGGUUCGCAUGCCUCCUGUCAACUGGGCCAAAUACCAGAUCGUGGGCGAAUCGUUAGACAAGAUGCAUGAGGAACAACGACGCCGGCCAUCUUCGGGGGAACCGCGCAGGGAUGAAAGCGCUCAGCGAGCCCCAGAGUAUGUUCUGGCCUCGCCGUACCGACCGUUGACGGAUAAGCUGGACAGUCCGAACAAAACCAGGGGAACUGGUGCCAAGAGCAAGAAGUCCUGA